AUUUCAAAAUUGAAGAUGGUGGUUUUCCUGCUGUGUGCCACUGGCAUUGGUGUGUAUUUCAAAACAGGCUACCACUUGACUUAUUAUGCUGUGGACCAAAAGCUGUGUGCUUGUACAAAAUGCUUAUCAGAAGAUAAGCAGUUGCUUCUGGAUCGAUCGAACAGAAGUGUUCAACCAUUUUUGACUGCAAACUUAAACCUCUCAGAGAAUGAAUUCAACUGGUGGAAGCGCUUGCAGACUGAAAGCCGUAGCUUUGGAGUUUAUGAAACAACGGUGGCCAACUUCUUUAAAAUCUUCCCACGGAAUCCAGAUGUUAUACAACCCAAACCUGACCACUGCAGGACUUGUGCAGUGGUGGGUAAUUCUGGUAAUCUAAGGAGAUCGCAUUAUGGACCGCUGAUAGAUUUACAUGAAGUUGUCAUAAGAAUGAACACUGGUAUUACCAGAGGCUUUGAAAAAGACGUUGGGAACAAGACAACUCAUCGUGUCAUGUAUCCAGAGAGUGCUGUGGAUGUGGAUGACAACACUCAUUUUGUGCUGUUUCCUUUUAAGAUACAGGACUUUGAGUGGCUCAUUAAUGCCUCUACAACAGGUUUUACUGGAAGGUCAUAUAUGCCAGUGAAAUCAAAGAUCAAAACUAACAAGGAUUUGGUUAUGGUGGUAAAUCCAGCUUUUAUGAAAUAUGUACAUGAGGUUUGGCUUGGAAACAAAGGACGUUAUCCAUCCACUGGCUUUAUGGCUUUGAUUCUUGCGCUUCACAUUUGUGAUGAGGUUAAUGUGUUUGGUUAUGGCGCUGAUAGUGAUGGAAACUGGAGUCAUUACUGGGAAAUACUCACAAACAAAGGGUUAAGAACUGGGGUACAUCCUGGAAGUUAUGAGUAUAACAUCAUCCAGCAACUAGAUCAGCAACAAAAAAUUAAGUUCUAUGAAGGCCUAACGAAAAAAAUGUGAUUGAAUGCAAUAAUCUCAGUGGGUAAAGUACUGAAAGCCAAUUGAUGACAAUUAAUCUCUAAAGGGAUUCUGUGAAAGAAGUCAUUGGAUAUGUGACAUUUUGGCAGUUUCUUUCCUAAUCCACAGCUUAAUUUAACUAUGUAAAUAAAUGCACCCAGGAGUUAAACUGUAUGGUAGUUUCUAACAUAUGAGAUUUGUAAGAAAUGAAGUAUUUUCUUAAGAGUUGGUGGAAUUACAAGAAGACAAACAACAGCAGGCAAGUUGUCGGAUGCCUAAACAUGUACAUAGUAUGAUGUGUUUAACUGAAAUACUAUGCUGUAUUAUUCCUAGUUAAAAUAAGAUGUUUGCAUGGCAAGGAACAUUUUACAGUUAUGGUAAAGUAACUUAUUAAGAGAGGGCGUUUAUGUUCAUGUACUGGAUGUUGUCAGCAUUUUCUUUCUUUCUUUUUUUGCCUGUCCCGUUCAGUACAAUAGCAAUCAGAAUUGUUGUCUGAAGGCCAGGAAAGAGCCCAACGGAUUUAUUUUUUCAAGUGGAGAAAAUAUGCCAAUGCCAUAUUGUCUAAUACAAUCACCAAAUAUUUAGAUAUUUAGAAUUUUACAAGGUUGAUCUCCUGAAACUUGUGUUAUUGUUAAUAUCUGUGGAGAGUGGAGAGUUGUCAUACCCUGAGAGCAGGCAGAACUCAUACACGCACAAAUAGUCAGAGAGAGGGAGGCGAGAGAGCUCAGGUGGAGAGCAAGAAAAACUGGCAGCAGUACCAGAAGGACUGAAGGACUAUGACGAGAACGCUUUUCUUUUAUUCCUAGUGCUUUUUAUUCUUCUCCAUGUAUCUUGUUGAACACAUUUUAAGCACACACAUAUAUAUACGUUUAUAUAUAUACACACAUGAUAAAGGUU